AUGAGCAGAGAUAUGGCAGAUAUCAAAAGUGAGAUAUCAACUAUAUGUGAACAGGGUCUAAAGAAUCUGCUUGUACCAAGCGGUGAGGAAACAAAAAAUAAGAACCUGCAACAGAUUAUGGGUGGGAUAAUUGAAGAGGUUAGCCUCAAAGUGCAAUUCAUUAUUAUGGUUCCAAAUCCAGUUUUUAAUUGCCUGUCUGUUCGUAAAAUCCGGUCUAUUCUUGUGAAGGACGAAGAAGAUGCAACGGAUAUAUUUACUGAGCCUCCUGAAGCUAAUCUAGGGUCGGAUAAAGGUUCUGGCGAAGCAGAUGGGAGUGGAAAGAUAGAUAAUCUUGGACCAAGGCAACUUCAUGCUGGUACAGAAGCGGUAUUGACCAACAAAAGCAGGUUAGCUGGUGAACCUGAGACUGACUGCUCUCAUGAUGAAAAACCAGGAAAUUUUAUUUCAGAUGAAACAGAAAAGCUACAGAUCUCAAACACUGUGAUAAGAGAUUGGAGAAGGGACGAUCUGCAAAGUGAUAAUGCUCUGCUUCCUGAGAGUGAUGACAACCCCAAAAGUCGUGAAGUAAUAAAAGAUUUUCUAGCAAUUCCAAUUCUCUUGGGCUAUAAUCCUCUGCACAGCAGAAGAUGUUACUGGGAUUCAGGGUUGGACAUGAGAAAUGAAAUGGUGCACAGCUUGCCUGAGCAAGAUUUGGAUUAUGAUGAGAGUAUGAUAAAGUAUUUUGGCAGGCAUGGCUGCAAACAAUUUCUGGAAGGUAAGCUCAUUAAAUUUGGGUACAAAGCAUGGUGCCUAGACACAAACAUGGGUUAUUUAGUGGCUUUUCAAGUACACCAAGGAACUAAUGCACACAGGAACGAAGUGUACAAGAAAGCAUUUGUAAAGUGUGCUGCACCUCUGGUUCAAAUUAUUGAUUCACUUCCUCGUAAAGGUAAAAAUCUACCAUACAGGUUUUAUUUUGACAGUCUGUUUACAUCGCCAACAUUGAUAGUUCUUCUAAAACAACGAAGUUAUGCUGCAACUGCCACUAUUCGUGAGAAUCGUCUGCCUACAGAAUGUCAACUUAUACCCUCUAAGACAAUGUUCAAAAGGAAUAAGAGAGAGGUUUCGAUUACAAGAGCAACAAGGAAAGUAGAAUGA